UAACACUUUCACUGAAGAGUUCCACAGCCCUGCCUGGACGAGUUCAAGAAUUGUACAUCUGAAAAUGUCUGACCAAGAGAUUGAGGACUUUGAUGUGGACAAUAUGUCGGACAGUUCUCGAAUGAUCCCAAGCCUCCCUCCAUACAAUAUGGAUGACCAGCUCCUGCCCAUGGAGUCCCGGAGCAGGUGGGGUUGCUGGAUUUGGACAGCGUUCGUCUCUGGGGCUAACUUUUUUGCAUUUUUAGUUAACUCCCUGGUCUUGGCGAUCAUAUUCACCAUUGUCUUGACUCCAACUAUCGUGGUGGUCUAUUUUGGAUUUAAAUGCCACUCAAGGGUUCUUCACUCAGAUGCCUCGUACUGCAAAACCCUUCUAGACGACAACAGCUCCUCCGCUCUCAUAAUCCUGGGUUUCGUCAUGAUGUCCCCUCUCAUUGUCCUGGCAAUGGCAGUCUACUGUGGUCUGGCACGUCGCUUACGUCUCUUCAUGCUCUUUCAGCCUUACACACGAGCUCUCUACAAAGGGGUGCGAUGGAGGUGGUAUGACGAGGGGGGUAUAUGUAGCUGUGUCAGGGAAUGGAAUAAUCAUGUGAAGGCCUGGGUAUAGCUAUUUGUGAGACCGUUCCUAGGAGCUUUUGUUUAACAGCCAUGCAGAAGUGCCAUCACGAGCUACAUCCUUAAUUAAACACCGUCAAAUGAACUUGAGUCUGCCGGCAUCCCAGUUAAUACAUCU